CCGCGGAUAGAUCCAUUGUCAUUGCUCAAAUGCCUGGGCGUUUUACUGGGCCCUAAUGGAGGGAUCAAAGGUAAAGCGGAAGUCGAACGCUUGGCUGGCCUUAUGAUUAAAUUUUCUAAAAAACUCGUGUCCAAAUGUAUCUACAUUCAGAUUCUUAAGUCAACAGAUCCUGAACUUCUCAGCCAAUUUAUGGGUGCUGGAGGAUGGAACCUGAUCCACAUGUGGCUGACGGACGGAAUAGUAGCCAAGAAUUGGGCGUUGGUCCAAGAACUACUGGAGCUUUUGCUGCUUUGUCCAGUAGACGUCGACCGUCUGAAGAGCAACAAUUGUCCCAAGCUUAUCAAGGGCCUUUCAAAAGAAGGAAGUCAUCAAGGAGUACGAAUGCUUGCAGGAAAGCUGGUCGAGCAGUGGUUGAAACUCGUAAAAGGAGAAACCCCGCCUAACACAGUUCCUACGCAAAUUUCAGUUGUAAAUAAUGGAUCGACGUCAAAUGCAACGUACACUCCGUCUGUUGUUGUUAAUUCAUCAGUCAAUGCAACUCGGCAAGGAGAUAAUAAAACUAAACCCGAUGAGGCUACUAAUUCAAUUGAAAGCACCACUGUUAGAGUUCAAGAUCUUGCUUUAAACACUCCUAUUAAUCAAGACUCGCAACAAUUUCUACAGCCUCAACAGCCGCAAAAAAUUCAUUUACAGCCUGUGCAAUUGCAAUUAUUAAAUAAAGCUUUACCUGGACAAUUGCAACCUUCACAAAUAAAAAAUCAAUUUGUUGUUGUUGAAAAUUAUCAAAAUCAACCGACCUCUAUAAGGUAUAAAAUAAUAUUACGCGAUGGUAAACAGGUUCUUACUAAACUUGAAACAGAUGCUUCUAAAGUAUCUAACAAUAUCAAUGAUAGUGAUAGUAAUGUAGAUAAUAAAAUGGAUAUUAAGCAGGAUUCAAUUAUUAAUGAUGAUGAUGAUGAUGAUGAUAAUAAUAAAAUGUUAGAAAAUGGUCAGGUUUAUGAUAGCAAUAAUGAUAAUAAUUGUGUUGGAGAUAAAUUAGAUGAGAAUAGUACGAGUACUGUUGUGAAAGAAGAGGCUGAUGUAGAUACUAACGAUCAAGUAGAUUCUUCUAAAUUAAAAACAGAGGACAAUGUAAAUAGUGAAAGCAAUAAUAAAUCUAGUGAUAAGGAGAAUAGAGACUCACAAAAAAAAGACGAUAAAUCGAGUAGCAGUAGUAGUAGUAGUUCGGAUAAAAAAAGUAGUCAUAGUUCUUCGUCGUCGAGAAGUAGUUCGAAACACAGUUCGAGUUCAUCGCGGUCCAGUUCACGCAAGUCUUCUUCGUCCCACCGUUCUGGCAGUAGCUCGUCCAAGGGCUCGUCGAGCUCCAGUAAAUCUUCCAAGGACAAAGACAGACAUCACUCGAGUAGUAGUAGCAAGCACUCGAGUAGCAGCAGCAGCUCCUCGAAAAGUAAGUCUGAUAAGGAGAAAGAGCGGGAUAAAGAAAAGGAGAAACAGAAGAAAGAUCAGGCCGAGAAGGACAAGGCGACGCUGGAGAAGGUCCAGGGUCAGUCGUUGAGUAAUAAGAUUGGUAAAAUACCGAAGAAGAAGCCUGAAGAUGAAAAAUCUGGGGAAUCGCUUAGAAAAACGUCGACUGACUCGAGAGAUAGUUCUAAGGAAAAUAAGGAUAAAGAUAAGGGUGAUUCGAAGAAACCUUCUAGUCCUACUAUUUUGGAGAAGAAAAAUAUCUCGAUUUCUAUUGAAAAUCGUAAAAAUUCACAGGAAUCAUCGCGCCCUAAAACUGUUAAAACUUUCAAUUCUAAAUUUAGAUCUACAGGUCUCGAGGAAGAGGUUAAACCACCGCCACCGCGUACUGCAGGUAAAAAACCCUCGACCACUGCAACAACGGUUACUGCGGAUAAAAAAAUAGUACCACCUAAAUUGCCGGUUAAACGUUCGUCUCCAAUACGCGAAUCUGGUGCCUCUGCUGAGAAAAAGGCUAAAGUGUCAUUAGAUCCGACGAAUUCACCGUCAGAGGACAAGAAGGGAGCUAUUAAACUUAUUGCACCGAAACCUAAACCGAUGGUACUCCAAGAGAGUGAUAUGUUUAUGGACGCAUUGACUGCGUCAACCAAAAGCAAAGAGCCAAGAAAGCGUAAACGCAGGACAUCGGUGUCCAAGGAUGGUAGUACUGAUCCCAAAAAAUCUGAUGGUACUAAUUCAGUAUCAGGAGAUCAGGGAGCGAGAGAUACCACGCCACCGCCUACAUCGCCGAGUCAUAAUACUGAUGAUAGAUCGCCUGUGUCCAUGAAACCUGAGUUUAAGUUUUAUCAAGACACGCUCGAGACAGACGAAGAUAAAGAAGACAAGGAACGAGCGCAGAAUGAUAAAGAUGAAGAUUCACCUGAUGAGAAGGUGAACAACAAAAGUGUAAAUGAUGAAGAGGAUGAAAGAAGUAGAACUCCAACCUGCGAUGAUGAUUCAGAAGAAGCUACUAAAGCCCCGGCAUCUCCCGACGAUCCUGAAGAUUCGGGUCGCGCGCCGUCUCCCAAUGAAGAUAUUCGGUACGUCGACGGUCUGAGGAGCGUAUUGCUUCUUCAGAAGCGCAAAGGACCCAAGAAAAGUCUCAAGUGGAAAACAGACUUGGAGUCUGUGCGUUACUUUGAGCUGGACGAGACAGAGCGCGUAAAUGUCACGAAAACGUUCACCGACGCGAAGAAUAUGGAGAAGAUGAACGAGCGCGAGGCCUUCCAAAUGGCCCGGAAGCUUAGUACCGAGGAUCUUAUGGAAGAAAAGACGCGGUGGAAAGCGUUGAUUCCAAUUGAUUUACCAGCGCCGUUAGCCGACCCUGGCAAGGACAGCAAAGAGAAGGACAUUCAAUACGCGCGAGAGAAAGGAAUUCUACAAGCGCUUUACUUCAACCGUAACAUGAUACCAGAUUCUCCGGCGGAGCCUGACGAGGAGCGCCAUCAUAUUUACACCGACCCGAAGAUAAUUCCUCUUGACGAUAUCUCUGAGAACGCCAGCAAGGACAGUGACAAAGAUUUCACAGCUGUGCCAUGGCCUGAACCCAAGCCCCAGCAAGCGACACCGGUGAUUCCUAAUGUUCACUUCCCGACAUUCCCUCCACACAACCAGGUGAUACCAGGAAUGCCAAUGCCGAACCAAAUGGGACCAAUGACCAUGCCACCGCAGCAGAUCCCACCGCCUAUGAUCCAACCGCCGAUGAACCACAUGCAGCCGAUUCAGGACGUCCCUGGAGCUGGUGGUUGGAGAACGGGCGACGGCAAAGUUGUCGUACCCGACGUAGCCAUGAACAAUAUUCCCAACAUGCCGGGUAAUAUGAACCACAACUACCCGCCUCCUGGAAUGGAUCCAUCAAUGAUGCCGCCGAACAUGAUGGGACCUCCGGGAAUGUACAACCAGCAAGACGGCUAUCCCAAUAUGAUGCCCGAGGACGGGUCCUUUGGUCACAUGCCCAACAACUUCCAAGGACCCGGGAUGUUUGGACCCCCCGGACCUGGACCAGGCCCUAACUUCCCCAAUGGACCUCCACCUCGUGGUGUUGGUCCUAUGCACGGCAACCGCGGCAGAGGCGGACCUCCAGGACCUCCUGGGUGGUUCCGUGGUGGUGGCAAUCCAGGUGUCGGACCUCCAAUGCGCGGUGGUUGGGGUGGUAGAGGUGGCUGGAGAGGCAACGGCAAGCAACCUCCAGUUUGUAGGCAGUUUACCAAGAGCGGAUACUGUCGCGUAGGUGAUAAAUGCCAGUAUCUUCACCCAGGUGUUAAUUGUCCGCCAUUCUGA